AUGACUGAUCAAGAAACAACUGGUGAGGACGAAGACAUAGAUUUUGUUGAAACGGAGCAAGAGGAAGAUAUUGAUGAUGGGAUAUUACAGUCAGACUGGGCAGCUGAUGGGAAAGAGAAAGAAGAAGAAGUUCAAAACAUUCCGUUAGACCACGAUUUACAUGGGGAAGUCUCUGACACUGUUUUUGUCGCGUUUGGUCAGCAAUUUUCGUCUGGGAAAGUCAUUACUGCGAAGGAGUUAUACUCGAUGAAAGACCGAGCGACGUCGAGUGGACAGAAAUUAGAAAAGAUCCCGAUGUGGCUUGAUAUAUGUCCUCCGACGGAUGAUUCCGCUAAAGUACUUGAACAAGUCUUCAAUCUUCAUCCUUUGACUAUAGACGAUUGGUUUACCCCAGAUUCACGAGAGAAGGCUGCAUUCUUUGAAGACUAUUUUGCCAUUUCUGUAGUUGAGAUGCGAUAUAUAGAUGACACCAAUAUCCUUAAAACGUAUUUACUUAACAUCGUUGUGAAGAAGAAUGUGAUUUUGACGAUCCACACAGAACCCAUAUUAUCAGUGUCAGAAGUGAGAGUUAGAAUACGAGACAAAUAUCAAGGAACAUUUCCAAGUGCGCAUUGGGUACUCUACGCCAUCUUAGAGUUGAUCAUUUCGAAAUUUAAUGUCUUGAAUGAACGACUCUAUUCAGACGUAUUUUCAAUCGAACAAUUGUCACUGGUGUUAUUACAUGAUGAUCAAGACGAGUUCUUAAGUCGAAUUGGCGACUUGAAAAAGCGGACCAAUUUGCUGCAGUUUCUUGUCUCUCCGAAGAAGUCAUUUUUGCGGUUCAUCUUGAAGUCGAAGUCGCACAUGGUCUCAAAAAAUCUCAAAAUUUACCUUCGUGACAUUUUGGAUGACACCGUCAGACUCUUAGAGAAACUCUCUUCACUGACGCACAAUAUCGAAAACCACCAAGAAACUUAUUUAGCAAAAAUCUCGUUAAGUGUGAAUAGAUACUCAGAAGAAGAAAAUCAAUUGAUGAAGAAAUUUGGUGCCAUUGCAACACUCUUCUUGCCAAUGACAUUCAUCGCAGCACUCUUUGGAAUGAACGUCACAGUGCCUGGGCAGAAUGAUCCAAGCCUUGUCUGGUUCUCCUUGAUUAUAGGCAUCUGUAUUAUCUGGACUAUCGUUGGGAUCGUCUUGUUUAAGAUCUACAAUUGGUUCUAA